AUGCCUGCCUCAGCUGAUAAGAUUGCCAAACAGGCCCAGGAUUAUAGCCAUGCUUUCAGCGCCUGUGAGAAUGUGGACAGGUGUGUCGGGGUUACCGUUUGGGGAUUUACCGAUAAAUACUCGUUUUUCUUCGACAAGGGUUAUGGGGAACAGCAGUUGUGGACAAAGGAUUUUAAGCCCAAACCCGCUGUUGAGGCCGUCGAUAAAGUUUUGAAAUAA